UGCAAAAGCAAAAUACGUGCGGCCUGAGUUCAUUGCGUGAGGGAUAUAACGUUGUGAAUUUGGCACUGUUCUUAUUGUUCGAAAACUAUGAAUCGAAGAAUAUAGUUAUGAGGAUUUCGAUGCACGUCUUGGUGUUGUGCGUGACUGUAGUUAGAAGUAUUUUAACCCUUGAUUUAACCAAAGAAUCGGAGCUGGGAUCAUCUGAUCAAAUCAGUCUUCAGGAUUUGUUCGGUCUACGUCCACAAAGAGCCGCGUGUAUCCUUCGGUGUUCUCGUGGACGGCUGGACAGGGCACAGUGCAAAUGCAUUUGUUGGGGGAACUGGGUUGGUCCAACAUGCAGUGUACGUCAAUGCAGGAGUUUCCAGUUUGCGUGUGAUGGCAGCAGACGAUGCAUCAAUAAAAUGAAAGUGUGUAACGGUCUAAAGGAGUGUCAUGACGGUACAGAUGAGGAAACAUGUGGUAAGCCUGAAGAUUGCAUCAAAGUAUGUGGCAAUGGCGGGACUCUCGAAGCUGAAACUUGUACAUGUAUAUGCACAUCAAUGUGGAAGGGCAGCGUUUGUCGAAUACCAAAUCUCGCCAGUACUUGCGGCAUUAUCCAAAAAGAUAUGUAUCGUAUCAUAGGCGGAGCUAUAGCGUCUAUUGAGGACCACCCAUGGCAGGUCCAGCUCAGAUACCGGUUCUGGCAAAUGGCUUGGUUUGAAUUUACCUGCGGAGGUACGCUCGUCUCGCCGAAACACGUUGUCACCGCAGCCCACUGUGUAGUGUACAAAUCGAGGCACUUGUGGCGACUGUACUUUGGCCGUACAAUCCGAGAAAGGGGAGGCAAGCAGGUUCGGACAGUCAAGAAGGUUUACGUCCACGCUCAUUACAACUCACUGACGAACAACAACGACAUCGCUGUGAUGGUUCUCUCGAGUCCAGUUGCCUUAUCCCAAUGGGUUUACCCGGUGUGCUUACAACAGGAGGAGGAGGAAGAGGGUCAAGUGACGGAGUUUGACAGUCAAUCGGAGUGUUAUAUCAGUGGGUGGGGAUCACUAGCAUCUGGUGGUAGAUUUCCGUACUACUUACAAGCUGCCCAAGUUGUUAUUGUACCCCAGUCAGUGUGUGAUGGGGUAUACGAGAGAUACACUGAUAAUAUGAUCUGUGCAUCAGAGUCAUUGCAACUGCUAGGACACGUUGAUACAUGCCAGGGUGAUUCUGGUGGUCCGCUAGUCUGCAGUUCUUUGGGUGAGUUUGGUAUCGUCAAGUGGUAUCUGGUGGGAACAACUAGCUUCGGCGCGGGCUGUGGGGAGCCAGAGUAUCCCGGUGUCUACACGAGAAUGUCCAAGUACGUGACAUGGCUUCACCAAAAGAUGACUUGAAAAUGAGUUAUACACACUAGGUAUAAAAAUUCAUUUUCUUUAAUUAUAAGUGAGAGGCAAAAAAGUAAUAACUCAUCUCUCAAAAUUGUUUUCCAGUUAUUUUUUCUUCUUCAUAUUUUUAUUUCUUUCCAUUCAAUUUUUAUAUUUACAAUACCGAAUGAUGUCAAGUACGAUUAACAUAAUUUACAAACUUAAUACACACAAACGACUGCACCCUACUUACAAUGCAAGUCAAAUAAUUUACAACAUCACUUUAAAAAAAACCUCCCAAACUCCAAAAACUCCAAAUGUGUCGAGU